UGUUCCCGUCCUCCCCCUUGCGGAGCGUCCUGUCACUGGUGGAAAAUGGCUGCUCGGAGUGGCUCCCCAAAGCCCAGAGAAAACUGAGGAGAAAAAAAGUCUCCAUUACCAACAAGAGGUCACAGCUGGACCUUUUUCUAACAGGAUACACGACAACUCGGGGACGCCUCGACACUGACAAUGUCUCGCUGGGUUCCCACCAAGAAGGAAAAGUAUGGUGUUGCAAUCUAUAACUAUGAUGCCCGGGGAGAGGAGGAGCUGUCGCUGCAGAUUGGAGACACAGUGCACAUACUUGAGACACAUGAAGACUGGUACAGAGGGCAUAGGCUGAGGAGAAAAUCCAAGAAGGGCAUAUUUCCUGCUUGCUAUAUACACCUGAAAGAGGCCACAGUCGAGGGCAUUGGGCAAAAGGAGACAGUCAUUCCCACUGAGCUGCCCCUGGUUCAGGAGGUUACCACCACGCUGCGGGAAUGGGCUACAAUAUGGAGGGACUUGUAUGUGGGGGACAAACGCGAGAUGUUCAACUCUGUCCGUGAUAUGAUCUACGACCUCAUCGAAUGGCGUUCCCAGAUCCUGUCCGGCACCCUUCCACAGGACGAGCUCACCGAGCUCAAACAAAAAGUCACCUCCAAGAUAGACUACGGCAACAAGUACUUGGAUCUCGAUCUGGUGGUCAGAGACAAAGAUGGAAACAUCCUGGAUCCAGAGCUCACCAGCACCGUCAGCCUGUUCAGAGCACACGAGGCAGCGUCCAAACAGAUAGAGGAUCGGAUUCAAGAGGAGAAGUCUCAGAAGCAGAAUAUUGAUCUGACCAGGCAAGCAAAGUUUGCCUCCACACCAGCGUUUGCCCUCUUUGUGACUCUAAAAAAUGUGGUGUGUAAGAUCGGCGAGGACGCAGAGGUGCUCAUGUCACUCUACGACCCAGUGGAGUCCAAGUUCAUCAGUGAAAACUACCUGGUGAAAUGGUCAAGUUCAGGUCUGGUGAAAGACAUAGACCAGCUUCAUAAUCUGCGGGCCGUCUUCACAGACUUAGGCAGUGAAGAUCUGAAGAGAGAGAAGAUCAGCUUUGUGUGUCAGAUUGUCAGAGUGGGGCGCAUGGAGCUACGAGACAACAACACCAAGAAGCUGACGUCAGGACUGAGACGACCCUUUGGAGUGGCAGUAAUGGAUGUCACCGACAUCAUAACGGGCAAAAUGGACGAUGAGGACAAGCAGCACUUUAUCCCAUUUCAGCCGGUGGCAGGGGAGAACGACUUCCUCCAGACAGUCAUCAACAAAGUUAUCACCGCCAAAGAGGUCAAUCACAAGGGCCAAGGCCUGUGGGUGACUCUGAAGCUGCUUCCUGGAGACAUCCAUCAGAUAAGGAAGGACUUCCCUCACCUGGUGGACCGAUCAACAGCUGUGGCUCGCAAGAUGGGCUUCCCUGAGAUCAUCAUGCCAGGUGACGUGCGAAAUGACAUCUAUGUGACUUUGGUCCUGGGGGAUUUUGACAAGGGGAGCAAGACCACUCCGAAAAACGUCGAAGUGACCAUGUCUGUUUAUGACGAGGACGGCAAGAAACUGGAGAAUGUGAUCUUCCCUGGAGCUGGAGAUGACGGGAUCAAUGAGUACAAGUCUGUCAUCUACUACCAAGUGAAGCAGCCACGCUGGUUUGAAACAAUAAAGGUUGCCAUCCCUAUUGAAGACGUGAACCGGAGCCACUUGCGUUUCACCUUUCGCCAUCGCUCAUCGCAGGACUCCAAAGACAAGUCAGAGAAGAUAUUCGCCUUGUCUUUCGUGAAGUUGAUGAGGUAUGAUGGGACGACCCUGAGGGACGGCGAGCAUGAUCUCAUCGUGUACAAGGCAGAAGCAAAGAAGCUGGAGGACUCUUCUCUGUACCUGAACCUUCCCGCCACAAAGCUGGAGCUGGAGGAGAAGGGCUACACCACCACCGGGAAAAACACCCAGAACCUGGGCAACUGUACCAUCAGCAAGGACUCCUUCCAGAUCUCCACCCUGGUCUGCUCCACCAAGCUCACACAGAAUGUGGACUUGCUCGGCCUGCUGAAGUGGCGCACCAACACCAGCCUGCUGCAGCAGAACCUUCGUCAGCUGAUGAAGGUGGAAGGCGGCGAGGUUGUCAAGUUUCUGCAAGACACUCUGGAUGCUCUCUUCAACAUCAUGAUGGAGAACUCUGACAGUGACACUUUUGAUACUCUGGUGUUCGAUGCCUUGGUGUUCAUAAUUGGGCUCAUAGCUGACAGAAAGUUCCAGCACUUCAACCCUGUUCUUGAGACCUACAUUCGGAAGCAUUUCAGUGCCACGCUGGCGUACACGAAGUUGACCAAAGUUCUGAAGAACUACGUGGACAACGCUGAGAAGCUGACGGAACAGCUGCUGAAGGCCAUGAAGGCUCUGGAGUACAUCUUCAAGUUCAUCGUCCGCUCCAGAGUCCUCUUUAACCAGCUCUAUGAGAACAAAGGAGAGGCCGACUUCAUGGAGUCCUUGAGGAACCUUUUCACAUCCUUUAAUGACAUGAUGAACAGUAAUUCAGAGAACACUGGCAUGGUGAAGGGUGCUGCACUGAAGUACAUUCCUACCAUCGUCAACGAUGUCAAGCUGGUCUUUGAUCCAAAGGAACUAAGCAAGCUGUUCACCGAGUUCAUCUUGAAGGUUCCUCUGGGUCGCCUGGUGAAACAAAAGCUAGACUGUCUGAUUGACAUCGUCCACAGCGAUCUCUUCGCUCAUCACGAUUGCCGUGAGAUCCUCCUGCCGCUGAUGACGGACCAGCUGAAGUUCCACCUGGAGAAGCGUGAGGAGCUAAAGGCUUGCUGCCAGCUGCUCAGUGACAUCCUGGAAGUGCUCUACAGGAAGGAUGUGGGUCCCACCCAGUGGCACGUGCAGAUCGUCAUGGAGAAGCUCCUGAGGACAGUUAACAGGACAGUCAUCUCCAUGGGCCGCGACUCUCCUCACAUAGGCAUUGACGCUCUGCACCGUCCCACCUGGCUCACAGUCAGAGAGUUUGAAAAGUCGGAUUUGGAAUAG